UCGCUUCCCGUAGCCACAGAUAGAGAACACCUCUGGUGCGGCUGUGUGACGCCGGUCGGCCAUUUUGGGAAGGUUUGUUCAACGACGAGCUGCUGGCUACCGACAACACCGACCAGGGACGAACACAUCAAAAGGAACUGAACAACAACAAAAAUACGUUUUUUUUUUUUUAAAUAAAAUAAAAUAAAAAAACUUUACUUUGAAAAGAAACAAAACAUCGUUCAAUAUGGGUCCACCAGGAGACAACCCACGUCGUGUGUCCUCUGAAAGAACGGAGGAUUUCAGUUGGUUUGUCAAUUUAUCUUGACAUGGCAUGUAAAGGUUAGUUAGUGGUUGUGACGACUGAAGGAAAAGCACCAAAAAAAGAAGGAAAAAAAACCCAGCGCAGAUAAAUAGUUAAUAAUUCAACUUCAACGGGGUGAAAGAAAUUAUUAUUUUUAAUUUUUUUUUUCGAAAAACACGUUUGUUUUGUCUGUAUAAAAAAAAAUUUUUUUUUUUUUUUGUAAAAAUCUAGUCGGUUCUCUCUACGGGAAUUACUAACCAGCAUGAUGAUAUUGAAGCAAAAUGUCAUUUAAAAUGCCGAGAUACAACAGUUAGGUAGUGAAGAGGACAAGUCAUUCCACAUUAAACACCGAACAAGCCACUCCGCGGAAAUGUAACACGAAACAUGGGACUUUGUCAGCUAACUUAAACCCGCACGACUAUAUAGGCCUCCAAUUUUACAUCCGACUAAUACAAAUGAUGUAGCUAGUUUAGUUGACCCACUAACUAGUUAGUGUUGAAAGUGUACGCCGCUUAGUCUUAACUAGUUCACGUUUUUAACUUUUGUCAACUAAAAAAAAUAUAUAGUCACGCUAUGAGUAUCGACAACGGAAGUAAACAAGGCCGCGGACCAGUUCAAUGGCAUUAAGAAACACCCCGGGAGAUGUUAAAAUACUCUCAACUCUCAAGCCAUCGGCUUCUGGCAUCCACAUUGACUUGUCAUGAUGCUUUUCUAUACAUGUCCCUCAGUUAUUCAGGAACACGUUCAUAACGCGGUCUCUGCCGAGAAAUAAAAAAACACAAGCGAAACGGCGUCAAUCAUGGACGAAGCUUUGAGUUUGAGAAGACACGAAUAAAAUUGUCUUGCUUUUUGUUUUGUGUAGUAAUCUCCUAUUUCACUAGCGAGAAGUAGUGUCGGUAUGGGUUUGGGAAAUGGCUAUCCUUUCUGUUAGUAGUUGUCGUCAGUAACCUAAAGGAAAAGGUGUACUUCUCAUUUUUAAUUUGCUCAUUUGUUUUCACUAGGCAAAUGUGUUAGAAUUCAAGUUCAUUUGGUCUGUAUUCAAAUGUCAUACUUUUAAUCACAGCAUGGCUUCUUGAGUAAUUACUAAAACAAAUGUAGCCAAAUAUUGAUUCAAGAACCCCCGCUCCCCCUCCUGAGCAUAAACUAUUUUAAAUAAACAAAAUGACAUAGCUUGCUAUUUCAUUUGUUCCUCCUUAAGUUGGUAGUUAUUUCAAAAGAGCUAGUGUAGAAUAAUUUAGAUUUCUCGUUCUGUAAAAGGUAGCUAACGAGCAACAUAUAGACAACUCGAAAGUAUAGUCAAAAAUAUUCUGUAAUUAGAGAAGACACCUAGCAUCAAAAUCUAAUCAUGGGGGACCCAACCUGGAGAAGAAACCAAACUAGAGAUCGACUCCGUGCUCAGAUUCGAAAGAAAAGGGAAUCUUUGGCAGACCAGUUUGACUUCAAGAUCUACAUAGCCUUUGUGUUCAAGGACAAGAAGAAGAAGUCUGCGCUGUUCGAGGUAGCUGAAGUGGUACCAGUGAUGACCAACAACUAUGAAGACAAUAUCCUGAAAGGUGUGCAGGCUUCCAGCUACUCCCUCCAGAGUUCCAUGGAACUUCUGCAGAAAGAUGUCGUGCAGUUGCACGCCCCACGCUACCAAUCAAUGCGCAGGGAUGUCAUAGGAUGCACCCAGGAGAUGGACUUCAUCCUGUGGCCGCGCAACGACAUAGAGAAGAUAGUCUGUCUCUUGUUCUCCAGAUGGAAGGGGGCUGAGGAAGAACCCUUCAGGCCUGUUCAGGUAAAACGUUUAGCGUCCUUCACCAAAUGGCUACACACCUGGGUCCUAUUCACUACGCCCCUGAAUUCAAAUGUAAUGUAUAUAUUAUUUUAUUUGACCUUUAUUUAACCAGGCAAGUCAGUU